AUGCACCAGGAUGCUCUACAACUGUCCCUUCGGACUCUUCAGGUGACUCGGCUGUUGCAGGCCCUGGGCUUUCAGGUGAAUUCACAGAAGUCUCAAACCCUCAAAUGCCAAGCACUGACAUUCCUGGGGUUCAUUAUCAACACACAGAUCAUGCGUAUUCAGCUCCCAUUGGAAAAGAAGGAGCAAAUUUUGGCGCAGAUCCGGUUUCUUCUCACAACACCUCGGAUAUCGCCACGGGAGCUGUCUCAAAUAAUUGGCAAACUCAAUGCGACCGUGCUAGCAGUUUUUCCAGCUCCCCUUCACUACAGAGCUCUGCAACGGUUACGCAGAGUAGCCCUGCGCAGAGGCUCCUACGAUGUGGUAGUUUCUUGGACUCCCGCAGCCAUGGAGGAACUACGGUGGUGGGAGAAAAACCUACUGCACUGGAACGGUCGACCCCUCCACGACGACAAGAUUGCUUUGGUGAUCCAGUCAGACAGCUCCCUUCUUCGUUGGGGAGCAGUAUGCAGGGGUGUUUAUAUAGGACAGCCUUGGCUGCCUCAGGAUCGUGCUCUUCACAUAAACGAACUGAAAGCUGCCAUCCUUGCUCUGCAAACAUUUGCAAGAGGGUUGAAGCAGGGCUGUGUGUUGAUCCAGAUGGACAACACAGGGGCAAUAACGGCAAUCAACAAACUGGGCAGCGCUCGCUCAUUGACCCUAUUUUCCUUCGCACAUCAAAUGUGGUUCUGGUGCUUCCAAAAGGGGUUGACAGUCAGGGCAGAACAUAUCCCAGGGAGAAUGAACAUUCAAGCAGAUUGGGCGUCGAGGGUAGACCUCGACAGCAGCAGCUGGAAACUCGAUCCAUGUCAGUUCAACAAAAUAAGCUAUUUGUGGGGACCUUUUCAGACAGACCUAUUUGCGGACUUCACAAACUUCCAAAUUCCACACUUCUACAGCUGGAAGCCAGACCCUUGCUCUCAGGGGAUAGAUGCAUUCACCAAGGAUUGGAACUCCGAGAUCAAUUACGCUUUUCCUCCGUUUUGUCUGGUAGGGAAAUGCAUUCAAAAAAUCCAGCAGGCCACAACGACACUGGUCUUGAUAGCACCGGUAUGGCCUGCACAGACAUGGUACCCAUCCCUACUUCAAGCGCUCGUGGACCAACCCAGACUGAUUCCCCACCACCCGCGGCUCCUUCUCAACAAUGCGCAUCUUGGUCACCCCUUAAUUUUGAGCGGUGGACUUCGCCUAGCAGCAUGGAAGGUCUCCAGCAACACCAAGCUCCGCAGUCGCUUUCGCCACACUCUGCCACACUCAUCAGUGCAGCAUGGCGUCAGUCAACAAGAGCGGCUUAUAGUUCGUGCUGGCGCAGGUGGUCUAGCUGGUGUGUUGAACAACAAGUUGAUCCACUUCAUCCCACUUUGA